UGUCUCUCCAGAUAUCUCGACAGUCUGAAAGUCUAGGUGUUUACAAAUGCAUUCGACAGUGACUGUUGAGGCUGCAGAGGCCUCAGAGGCCUGUCGAUGGCGCUGCCGUUCAUCUCCUCGGUGCAGUUGAUAGCCUUGGCCGACGCCAUUGAGUUCACGCCCAUAUCUCCGCCCAACAUGCGCCGCCUCUCCAACACACAUUUUCCACCAUGGCGCAAGAGCAUGACUACCCAGAGAUUCAGGGCGGCGGCUCGCUGAUCCUUGCCUGGCAAAUACGCAAUAAGCGUGUGCUGGUAGUUGGUGGCGGCGAAGUCGCCGCUGGCCGCAUCGUGAACGUUCUCAAUGCCGACGCCAAAAUUACCGUAGUCUCCCCGCGCGAAGGCCUGAACCCAGAGGUCGCAUACCGAAUCGGGCAGAAGCAAGUCGACUAUGUUGAUCGCAAAUUCGAGCCCUCCGACCUCGACGGCGUGGAUAUGGUCCUGACCGCUGUAGACGACCCAGAGGCCUCAACGCAGAUCUGGAAGCUGUGCAAGGAGCGCAGGAUAGCAGCGAACAUCGCCGACGUGCCACCAGAGUGCGACUUCUACUUCGGCAGUGUGCAUCGCGAUGGGCCGCUUCAAAUCAUGGUCAGCACGAACGGGAAGGGUCCGAAGCUGGCGAACAUUGUGAGGCGACAAAUUGCGGCCAACCUUCCACCCAACAUUGGCCAGGCGAUCACGAGAGUGGGCAUGUUGCGCAAGAAGCUGAGGCAGGUGGCGCCAGAUGUUUCAGAGGGCCCAAAGCGGAUGCAAUGGAUGAUUAAAGUUUGCGAAGCUUACUCACUCGAUGACCUCUGCUCCAUGACUGAGCGGGACAUGGAGCAGCUACUUGGCUUCUACAAGCCCAACACGGCACCCAGUCUUGAUCUGCUUCGUCUACAGGAGCCGGACGGCGCGUUUGAUGGGCCUUUUCUCAUCUAAAAGUUGGUCACAAGCGGCGUUCUAGACAAGCACACAGACGGACUGGGUAAGCGGGCGUUGUCCUGGCUUCUCUGUCUAUUCAGCAAAUGUUCAACUCUCUACAUUCAUCUUCCGUCUCGUCUUCUUAACUUCAUGCGUCGCCCCAAUUAGCGUGCGGUGGCCCGAGCGUCUUCUCAACUUCUCGCUCAAGCUUCAGACACACAGCAACAACAAGCACUCAGCAUUCGCCAUCAGCGCCUUUCAACUUCAACUACGAGGCUUCCUAGCUCUCAUCUGUAAAUACCAUGGACCUUGCACAACGACCACCUUACAGCACAGUUGACUUCAAAGCACUUGCCAAAGCUGACCCAGACUUCAAGCAAACAUGGCAAGCGUGCUCCGGCAAACUCGAUUUUCAGGACCCGAGCACUCUCCAAGUCUUGUCCAAGGCUAUCCUCAAGGUCGACUUUGGCCUUGAACUCUCCGUCCCAGAUGACAGGCUCUGCCCACCAAUACCCAAC